AUGCCCAGCAUUUCCCGUCGUGUGUUCGAUCCCGCGGUGCUGCUCCUCCUCUUCGUUAUGGUGUGCUGCGGCAGUGGAGCUGCCCCCGCUGAGGCGAGUAAUUCAGGGAAAAAAAUCAUCUUUCAAGUAAGUGAAUCAUUUUCUGAUUCAAUGAAUGCCACUUUGGUACAAGCGUUUCAUUCGUUUCGUGCACCUUCUCUUGUUUACGUGGAUGGUGUUGUUGUGGCCACUGUUGAAGCGCAUUACACAAACUCCACGGAUCAAAAAUCGUGCGUAAGUAUCGCUGCAAAGUCGAUGAAAAGCAAUGGAGGGACGUGGACGGAUGGAACUGCCAUCGUGUUUGAUCAUUACGACGUGAAAAUUGACCGUCUGUUGAGCCCAACUACCAUUGUGGAUGGUAAUGGUUAUGAAACAAAUGCUCUUGUCGGGGGUUAUGGCACGUCAACGACUCCAUUGACGGAGGUGGCUGAUGGUGACUAUUGGAUGCCCAGGAUGGCGGACGGUGUUGUUCCGCAUUACGGAGACGAUGAGGAAAAGAAACAGUUUGAGUGGCAAAAUCGAAGCACGUCGAAGGUUCCUUAUGACUUUUGGGACGAUACCAGCACCAAGCCCAAACCCUUCAAACAAUUUCUGGGUGGUGGUGGCGCAGGCAUUAGGAUGGAGGACGAAAGUCGCUAUGUGCUGCCUAUUCAAGCCUUGACCCGUGAUGGAAAGAACGUUUCUUUGGUCAUCCUUGCCAACAGUACUUAUUAUAGUUGGAAGUUCUCAAAGCAUACGAGUGAUGAGGGAUGCAUCCAACCUGCGGUUCUUGAAUGGAAGGAAAAAAAUCUUAUAAUGAUGACGUCGUGUGAUGACGGCAGCCGCAGGGUUUACCGGUCAAGCAGCAUGGGGAAUCUAUGGACGGAGGAAUACGACACUCUUUCACGCGUGUGGGGCAACUCACGGAAUCGUACAGGGCACGGCGUGCAGGGUGGCUUCAUCAGCGCGACGAUCGAUGAACAGAAAUUCAUCCUCGUCAGUCGGCCGGUAUAUUCCGGGGAGGCGGGUAAAGAAACGGGCCGACUUCACUUGUGGCUGACGGACAUGCAGCGAAUUUAUGAUGUUGGGCCGAUAUCCGCUGAGAAUGAGAACGUCGCCGCCAGCACUCUGCUGUACGCCACUGUCGAAGCGCCGUCAUUGGAAGAGGAAGAAAAGAAGGAAGAGAAGAAACUGUACUGCUCGUACGAGGUUGCUGCAGGGGGAGAUAAAUACAACAUUGCUUUUGUGGACUUGACGGAGAAGUUGGAGGAGAUGAAGAAGGUGGUGGCUGCAUGGAAGGAGAAAGACGCGUACAUUGCGAGGGAAUACGGCUGCAGGAAUGAAAAGAAUAACUGGCGCAGUGACUGUGGUGAAGCCCUUGCCGAGGGACUGGUUGGAUUCUUAUCCAACACGUCAACUGACAGCACGUGGGCAGACGAGUACCUCUGCGUGAAUGCCACAAUAACGAAAGGAACGAAAGGAAAGGUGGCCAGCACGGAAAAUUGUGUGACUUUCGAAGGGUCCGGAGCAGGGGCGGAGUGGCCUGUUGGCAAAAUGGGGCAGAAUGUGCCGUACCACUUUGCGAACGACAAGUUCACUCUUGUGGCGACAGUGUCCAUUCACAAGGAGCCGAAGGGAAGCAGCUCUAUCCCUUUGAUGGGUGUGAGGAUGAACGAUGCACGAGGCACUGUGCUCUUUGGUCUUUCGUACACCCACGAAAAGAAGUGGGAGGUAACAUUCAGUGACGGUCUUCGGAAGCCCUUGGCCCAUGAUGACGGUGCUGGAUGGGAAACAAACAAGAAAUAUCAGGUGACACUGCACAUGGAUUAUAAUGAUGGCGUGAGUGUGUACGUGGACGGAGAGGAGAUAUACUACACCAAAGAUUAUGAGGACGGGGAGGAUUACAACUUUACUCAAAAGUUACGAACGCUGUUGGGAUCCCACGGCAUCUCGCACUUUUACAUUGGCGGGGACACCAAGAACAACUCGGACGACAUUAAUGUGACGGUGAGCAACGUCCUGCUGUACAACCGCGCAUUGAACGAAGCAAAGCUCAAAGCGUUAAUGAAGAGGAACGCAGUCGCUGCUGCAGCGGCGAAGGUGCCGGCCCAGGAAGUUGCGGCACAAACUACCAAUGUGAGUGAACCUUCUCGUCAUCCCGCCAUUGCGCCCGUCGUCACGCCUGAAGCGCAGCAAGACGCCACAUCAUCACCACGAAGUCAACACACACCAGCACAAAAGUCAGAAAGUAAAAGUGGCCCGGUAAUUUCCAAGCAAACAUCUUCUGAUGUCAUUGUCCCCCCCACCUCAGCUGAUAUGGAAAAGGUGGAAGAAGAGUCACCCGACAGCGGUGCAUUGGCGCCUGCAUCGACUCCAACACAGAGCGCGGGCAGUCGUGAGUUACUUGGAACCGAGAUGCCUGUCAGUGGGGAGCACUUUCCUCCCAGCAUGGCUUCACCGCUGAUGGGGCAGGUGGACAAAGCGGAUGAAGACUCUCCACGGAACGGCAACACCGACGAUCGGGCGCCGCACAGCAUUUCACCUGAUGUUUUGGAGAGCGUGGGCACGAACAGCGGCCCCGAUUCAUUCAUCAGCACUAACGUGUCAGGUGGCGCUGACCGUGACGAGGACACGCAUGCCCACACUGCCGUGGGCACGAACAGCAGCACAGACCCAGCAACCGCUCACCGCAAUGGUAACGUGUCGGGUGGCGCUGAUGCCGCACAGACUUCUUCGAGCACAGCGCCUGGGGAAACCAAGAUCCCAUCGGAGUUCAACGCAACAAUACCCUUGGACAAUGUCAUUUUGCUUGAGCACGGGCAGUUCGGUGAUUUGGCGGCCAUGGCUCUAAUUGGUGACAGCACCGUGCAUGGGUGUGUGUCUGGGGUGUUGUUGUUGCUUCUGGGGCUGUGGGGCACUGCGGCUCUCUGCUGA